AUGGAUUGCCACCCCCUCGUGCGGUUUCUGAAAGUUGAGAAGGAUGUACGCAAAGACGAGAUCGUUGGUGAGGUUCGAGGUAAAGUCGGACAUUUUCGUGAUUAUUGUCUUGACCCGAACAGCCGAUGGCAGGAGUUACGGCACCCUGAACCUUUUGUUUUCUUCCAUCCUCAACUUCCGAUAUAUAUCGACAGUCGGAAGGAAGGCACUUUGCUUCGGUAUAUCCGCCGGUCUUGUCGACCUAAUGUGACUCUGAAAACUUUCAUUACAAAUGAAAUCGAGUAUCACUUCUGUUUCGUUGCAAAUCAAGAUAUUUCGAGUGACUCAGAGAUUACAACUACAUGGUACCUAGACCCUCAACUCUUCCCAACCAGCAAUGGGUUCGUGAAACAGGAGAAUCCCAACGAGGGCAUCCCUGAUGCUGCUGCAAUUGCGAUAAGCAAUGUCUUGGCACAUUUUGGUGGCUGCGCUUGUGAUUCUUCACAGCAGUGUUUACUGGCGAACGUUGACCGGCGAUGUCGACCACGACCGCCUGAGUCGACAGCUAAGCAGGCUAAUGGGAGGCGAAAGAAAACCAAAACCAAAAGCACUGUAUCUCCGGCCAGCACUGGGCGCGCAACCAACAGUCGAGCUGGCAGCGAAAUUCGGAAACACGGUGAAGACGAGGAUCAAUCCAGACAGCGAUCUACGUCCGCAUCUGUUCGAGAUCAGCCACAAAGUCGAGAUCUAUCACCCGCGAAUCAUGCAACAGAUAUAUUUGGAGCGAAUGGCACAGAGCUUUCAGCGCGAGAGAAACGAAAGAUAGCCGCGGCAGAGAAGAAGUUCGAGCAAUUAGAACAGGAUCAGCAGCAUGCUCAGAAGAAAAGGAGACGUAAUAACGCGGGAAAUAGUAUAUCUGUAGGUUUAACCCCUGCCUCCUGUGGAAACGGUGAUUUCGUUCCUAAUUAUUUGCAGAAAUCUUCAGGAACCAAACCUCCCCGGCUCGAUACCAUCCCCGCGCACCGAUCACCUGGUACCUCAAUUAAGGCAUCUCCCGGCUCUGCCACUUCCCAUCGCGAGUCCCGCUCCACUCCGAAAACAUCUGCUGCUAGCACCCCGCGAAUUGGAUCGCCAUUGACUCGUGUACAUUACGUUGAUUCUUGUAUUCAAACCGAUUCAGACGAGGUCUAUCCGCACCUUGUUUCUCAAAAAUCGUCGCCUCGGCCCGACUUCGUUCCACUUACAAGACGGCUUUUUUCUCGCUAUCACCAUGAUCGAUUACACCUCGAUGAAUCCAACCGAUCGCAGUGCGUACCGACCAAACAGCAGAUAGCCAGUGCGUCACAACUCACGAGGAUCAAAUCGCCGCUCUCUCAAGAUUUGAAGGAUGUCGAGAUGAAAGAUGCGCAUACGAGCAUCACCCCUCAAAAGUCGAUGCAUCCCCCUUCCCAAUCUCCUGGCCCGCCAGCAGGCGAACUGUCGGAUUCAAUGGCUAAGCCGCCGCCUUUCCCUUUGCCAUCGACAGCCGCACAUAAUAUCCUGGUCUGUCACAUCCCGAAUGACCAGGGAGCGAAGCUUCGUGUUAAACCCCCUCAAAUGCAGCUUUCCACCCCACCUGUUUCUUCUUCAACUGAUACACCGAGCAGCACGCAAUCAUCCCACUUUCGGUCUCCCUUGAGUGCCAAGGCGUUUCCAAAUGCCUUGGCACCGGGGUUGGGAAUCACGGCACCAAGUCCUGUGAAAAAGAGGAUGAGCUUGGGUGAUUACAUGAGUCGACGAGGGAACCUAACUACCCCUACAACUGAAAAGGUUCAUACACAAAUCGUUGGGGGCUACCAACAAGUAGUGUCUUCUACUCAUCUUCCUGAUGGUACUAACCCGAUGGAAACUGAGCAAACGCCGACGAAGGUUAUGCGUUUAGCCGAAGAGGCUGCUGAUCGGGAAAGGGAUCUGAUGUCUGAUGUUGUUAUGAAGGAUGCCCCUCCGUUAUACUCGCACAAUGAUAGUCCGUCGAAUUCAUCUUUUCCACGAGAUCCAAGGAUCCAUCCAUCAACCUAA